AUGGCGUACAGCUUAUCGCAGUCGUACUUCGGCGCGAACCUGAUUUCAGACUUCAACUUUAUCAACUAUGCCGACCCAUCCAACGGCUUCGUAAGGUACCAAAGCCAGCCUGACGCCCUCGCAAAGGGCCUCUACUUCAUCGACCCGGACACGCAGGCCGUGACGCUGGGCGUGGACAACAAGAACACGUACGGCCUCAGCGACGGACGGCCGAGUUUGAGGCUGGAGAGCAAGAGACAGUAUAACCAUGGCCUGUUUAUCGGCGAUUUCGCGCACAUGCCGCCAUCGGUUUUCUGGAUGUAUGGACCGGACUGGCCUACAAGCGGAGAAAUUGACAUCAUCGAGGGCGCGAACCAGGCUACGAAGAACAUCCUUUCCGGACACACUACAUCAGGAUGCCGUAUCCCAGACUCUCCCGCCGCCGCCGGCCAACCUCUCCUCCUCGACUGCGAAAGCCCAGGUACCACCAACAACGCCGGCUGCAACUACCUUCCACCAGCCUCGGACACGCACACCUACGGAGACGCCUUCAACGCCGUCGGCGGCGGCGUCUACGCGCUUGAGUGGACCUCGGAGGCCAUCAGUAUCUGGCACUGGCCGCGACAGAGCAUCCCCGAUGAUAUUAUUGCCAAGAACCCGGAUCCGUCCGGUUGGGGCCUGCCGUCUGCGCUGUUUGGGACGUCGUCGUGUGAUGUAGACACAUACUUUAAGGAUAUGAGUAUUGUGAUUCAGACGAACUUCUGCGGUGAUUAUGCUGCCAACAUCUGGGGCAAGGACGGGGAUACCUGUAAUCAGCGGGCGCCGACGUGCGUUGAGUACGUGGCAAACAACCCUACCGCAUUCGCAAACGCGUACUGGGAAGUCAACUACAUCGACGUCUACGAACAAGGCCUCGCCACGAACACCACCGCCAGCCCGUCCGAGCCGACGACAACGACAACGGUCCAGACCACAUCGACAAUCUACACUACGGUACCGAACCCUGCCACUAUCGUGACGAGUUUCACGCAAAACGGUACCGUCAUCGUGUCCACCGCCACAAUGCAGGCCUCCCAAGUCUCGUCCGUCGUCCUGUCCACCGUCGUGGGACCGACCGCCACGGCACCCCCCAGCCCCUCGACGGACCCCGUAGUCCCAGGGCGCGAGCCGGCGACGAUCGGGGAGUACGCGUACCUCGGCUGCUUCGGCUCCGGGACCGGGUUCCAGAGCUUCUUGCUCAAGGCCUCGGCGGCGGAUAUGACGCUCGGCAAGUGUAUUGAUCUCUGCAGACCUGGGAAAUACGCCGGUGUCCGCGAAAGCGAAUGCUUCUGCGCAGACGACCUCGACCCAGACACCAGAGCAACAACAGACCGCGCCCUCUGCAACAGCCCCUGUCCAGGAAACAACACCCAGCUCUGCGGCGGCACCACAAGCACCCCGGCCACAAAGCCAAAGCGCGACACCCUCCCGCCGUCCUUCUCCUCGAACCCCCAUCGCCGCCUCAUGCACCUCCACCUCCACCGCCGCGCCGCGCCCUCCACCUACCUCUUGUCAGUUUACGCCCGCCUCACGGACGAAGUACCCCCCAACGCCCCGCCCCUGGGCGACCCGGAACCCCAUACCCCGUCCACAUCGACGCUCGUCACGACGGUGACAUACACCACCGUCUGCGCCACCGACGCGGCGCGCCUGACGCCCGCGGAGCAUUGUACCACGAUCCUGGUACCGGGUUGCAACAAGUACUGCGGCGGUGACGGGAUGCAGCCCGCGGCCGUGAGCGUACCGAUGACGACGACGGUGGCUUCGUGCGCCGGGUGUGGUGCCGACGGCGCGGACCGUGUGACACUGACGGUGCCGUUUUUGGUGCUUGCGGUGCCGGGCACCGGAGCCGGGGCCGGUGUCGGGACGUCGACGGGGUAUUGGCCCACUGGAUCGGUGACGGGUGCGGCGGCGACCCCGCCUGUGACCGGGAGACCCACUCCGUCGAUGGUGUCUGUUAGUGCGGCGGCGUCCGUGGCGGAGGUGAACUUUGGGUGGGCUGUUGGGUUGGGGGUCGCUAUUGCGGUUGUACGAUUCGCGUUGAUGUUUUUCUGA